GGAGGAAGUGACGGUGAAAGUGUAACUGAUAAUUCGGCUAUUCCGGCCGCUGGAACCUUUUCGGGGGACCUUUUCGAUCGUAAAUCGCGCUCGCCCACUUGUUGGGUAAACAUUUUUCUCGGACUAAAAGGAAGCACAACAUCCAUCGGGACGCUAUCCGGGGAAACGGAUCGACCGGGCGACGUUUCGGCUACUGUGGAGUGACUUCCCGGUGACACACACACACGGAGACACAUUGCAUGGAGCGGUAGAAUGGAUCUGAUAUCGUUGCCACCCUGCUCCCGACGCUUGGAAUCGAUGACGCUGAUGGCGACGGCGACGGCGGCAACGGUGUCGGAGCAACCGACCCUUGUCCUCUCACCCGCCUCUACCUCGGCGAUUAAAAUCUCGACCACUUUCCUAAAGACACCCGUCAAGACGGACCAGGAGAUUCUGCAAAACUCGAUGCUGGAGGAUGACCCCAACUCCAACACCAUCCUGGCCGGUUCGCUCGCCUCCGACGCCGGCUCGUGUGCGGACGGCGACAAACGAGAGCAGCAGGCGAAGCGGCCACGCUGGGGUCCCCAGCAUAAGGGAGCGCAGGAGCUGGCGAAGCUGUACAGUAGCGGUAAACGAACCCAGGAGCUUGUUUGCGUCUACAUCUGCAUCACGCUGAUGGUCCUGAAUCUCGCCCUCAUCCUGCGCCACUUCCGCUUCGAACGCAUCAGCAAUGUUGUGGUGGCGGCCAUCUUUGGCAUACUAACGGCCGACUUUGGGUCCGGUUUGGUGCACUGGGGUGCCGACACCUGGGGCUCGGUGGAUCUUCCGAUCGUGGGCAAGAACUUUCUAAGACCCUUCCGGGAGCACCACAUCGAUCCGACCUCCAUCACGCGCCACGAUUUUAUCGAAACGAAUGGCGAUAACUUCAUGGUGGCACUGCCGAUCCUCGGCAAGCUGGCGUGGAACUUUUUCACGCGAUCGAACGCCGAAAUCCAGCAGGACUACGCCAUCAGUGCGUAUCUGUUUCUCUGCUCGAUCUUUAUCGCCAUGACAAACCAGAUCCACAAAUGGUCCCACACGUACUGGGGCCUUCCCGGGUGGGUACUGUUCCUGCAGAGGCAUCACAUCAUCUUACCGAGACGGCAUCAUCGCAUACAUCAUGUGGCACCCCACGAAACCUACUUCUGCAUAACGACUGGUUGGCUCAAUUGGCCACUGGAGAAGAUAAAAUUCUGGUCCACGUUGGAGGCGAUAAUCGAGCUGUCGACGGGCCACAAACCCCGAGCCGACGAUUUGAAGUGGGCCCAGAAGCGAGCCUGAUCCGGUGGAACGUUCGCACCACGCUGGCAACCACGGUUCACAAGCACCUCAUUGUUGGAACUGUUUCGAGUGAUAAACAUAGCACUUUGCUGAGCUCAUACUCGCUAGGCACGUAGAGGAACCAAGCGUAGAUCCACUUUACUAACACAGGAGCAGCACAAACAAAAAGAAAAACCAUUCAUUGUAGCGACGAGAGAAAUGCUUCGGCACGAAUCAUACGGCAUUGCAUAACGCUAUCGCAAGACUUUGGAAAGUUUUUACAAAAAUAAACAGAACAUUUUUAAGGUUUACAUGUACACGAGCGUAGGGCUGGAAGUAGGGGGGAGGCGACCAAUCCCUACACUGACCAAUCGAUUGUAGUUUAGCGGUCGCUCCGAGAGGUAAUACCUAUGUGAACAUGACCAACAAGCAAAAAAAGCAAGAGAGAGAGAGAGACAGUACGAUUGCACUGAUGGCAGAGAGCUAGUCGGGCAGAAGAACCUUAAUUGAGGUCCUUUUUACAAACUCUUUACAGCUCUGAACAAUGAUUGGCAUGUUGUUUUAAGUAUACACGAGAGUGCGCGAGGCGAUUAGAAUGUUAUAGAGGUACUGUAGCUUUAAAGCUUCUGUACUAAUGCAGUUUUGUUCGAUCGAGAAUCAGCAGAGAGGCAUAGGGAGUCAUAAUUAUCAUGAAAACCAUUUCGUUCUGCUUAUAAAAGCACAACUGCUGACCUUUUUCUGUUGUAACUGAAAUCAAAAAUAAUCUGCAAGCCUUUCAUGCUUGUUCUAGUUUGACAUUCACAACAGUCAAGCUGGCGAACAGUAUACGACGUAGAUGAUUCAGUUGUCUAUUUGCUAUUGUCAACAAGUACAGGUGUUAUUCAACCAUUGAGCAAUUGGAUUCAUACUCGUACCUCAUUCAACAGUUGAUUGCACACAUUAAGGAAAGUCUGUUUUUAAUAUAAAAAAACCCCCGCUAAAUCAUGCAUUUCCGCAAUGCCUCAUCGCAUACUGUGCAUAGCAAAUGAUUCUUACCGUGCCUGAAUAUUGGAUGUAUUUGCAAAGAAUAAAACAAACUAGUAGAUAAGAGAAUGGGUUUAGCAAGCACAACGUACAAUAUGACGGGCGAGCAAUUUAGACGCUUAACAAUCGAUUACAGCUAUUUUCAGAAAAAAAACACUUUUACAUAAAGGAAGCUCAAACCACUUUGUGUUAGCGGGAAUAGUGUGGACAGAAAUAUGGACAACCUGCACUGCAACUAACUAAAUGUGUACAAACAGGUGUACGUCACAGCAGAAAUGGGGUUUUAGGUAUUGGCUGAGACGGAAUGAGCCUCAAGCGAAGAUGUUAAAUCGUCGUAAAGCAUUUACAGAUCGUUUACAAUCGUAUGCUGCUAUGAGUUUUGUUAAGCGUUAAGAGCGCAUUUUGGUAGCUUAAGGAACACCUAAUAUUAAGUGAGGAAGUUUAGCUGCUUCGACUAUAUGGAAACGCGGAAUGCGGAAACACAUUCU